GCCCCACUAUUGUAUGCACCGAAUUACAUAAUACCACUCCCACAUGUAUAUGUCUACUUCCAAAUUGCACAAUACUUUACGAACUCCUUCUAUGACUGUCCCUGGAUGCAACCGCGCCAUCUGGACUCCGGAAGACGACAAGAUCCUGAUGGAUGUCCUUCUGGAGGCCAGAUCCAGAGGGGAGGCAUACGGUUCCCCACGCUGCAUUGUCUGGAGACGGGCUGCUAUCAAGGUCAACGCUGAGAGUACUGGCAAGUACGGUGCUGCAAAGACCGCAAUGAGGUGCUUUGGCCACUUCCGCGCACUCAAGGAUAGGUUCUUGGAUUUUUGCCGUUUGAGGAACCAGCCGGGUAUAGGGUGGGACGACGAAAAGAAGAUGCUCAUCAUUCCGGGUGACAAGUGGGAAGAGAUAGUCAUGGCCAACGGGCGUUACAAGAAAUAUCGUAGCAAACCCUGGCCCUUGUUUGAAAAGAUGAAAGUGCUUUGUGACAUGAACCGCCCUGAAGACGUUGCAGAUCGACAACCUCUACCAGCCGCUCCGCAAACCGAGGCUGCACGUGAAUCCCCAGCCUCCCCUGCUCUGGAAUACGAUGAAGAGGAUGAUUUCUGGCUUGAAGGCGACGACUCGUACAGCGCUCAGGCACCGUCUGCUUCAGCAUCUGGCCCUGCACUAUCCCAGCAUACCGUGGGGAACCAGCGCAAGCGCUCGUCCAGCCCAGACCGCACAUCCCGGAAGCGUCCGCGAGGCCCCCGGAACAGUACAACCACCUCUUCUGAUUUUCCGCCGGUGUCGCCGACCAUGACUAGGUCUAUAUCUGAGAACGCACAUAUGGGCUCAGCUCGUGCUCAGAGGGCCGCAUCCCCGGCUGGUGGCGAGCAUAUCCACGGACGUUCGAGUCCGUCAGCCGCAGAGCGUCGCGCCAAGGCUAUACAUCUUAUGGAGGACGACAACGAAUACUCGGACAGUGAACAGGUGGCUAUUAUCGAGUUGUUCGAACGAAGCCCCGCCGUUGUGGACUCGUUCCUGGCUAUUUCAAAGAAGCACACUCGCAUACUCUACGUCCGUCAUGCACUUUCAAAUCAUGCUCGCGAUUCCUCGCCUCGUGCUCAUGCUAACUCAUGUACUAUUAUGUAGUUCUCCCGCAUACUGCUAUGAAAUGUACGUGGCUUUCACGAUGAUAUCUCCUUUUAC